AUGAGCGGUCACAGCGACAACAAAUGGCGGGGUGGACCCAGUCGCCAGACCUCACAGCGCAACGCGAAUCGCGACAAGACCGGAGGUCAAGGAGGCCCUCGCGACAACAACGCUUGGGGCGCAUCGAAUCAUCCACGGGAGCAACACGUCCCUGUACGGGGCUUCAACACGGCGGAGGUGAAGAGCAUCUUAAAGAAGGAGGUAUCUCUCCACUUGCUCCUUUUCUAUCUGCCCAAGUCUAACCUUUGCGCCACCGCUAUAGAAACGAAAUCAAGCACAACCUACAAAGCUACAUCCAAGGAUGGCCCAAACCAACGAUCUACAGCGACAGGUCCCAAAGCGCAUUUCAUGGGCAACGGGAAGGACUUCUUCGUUGAACUGAGAAAGCAGAUUGCUGCGUUGCAACGAGGUGGCCCCCCGGUCGGUGGCUAG